AGUAUUUUUCACGUUCAAAUAUUCCGGAAAUGUCUUCAUUUAAAGUGUGCGUCGUUCUCUUUAUCGGUUUGUGUGCAGUUGUACACGCUAGAGCCCAAACUUACCUGACGUGCUCAGAUAGUGCACCGCCGCUUAAGGGCGAUCGAGGGCCACCUGGGCCUGCGGGACCACCUGGCGCAAAAGGUCCAAAAGGAGACACUGGCGUCACAGUAGACUUAGAGAUAAGGAUGCAAGACUUCGAGACACGUUUGGCAAAGCUUGAGGGCCAAACAUGCCAAGGCACGAAAGUUAUUAAUGGAAAAACAUGGUACGGGCCAGGAAACGGUUAUUUCUACCUCGUUAUUGCCAAAGAUAUGCGUUACAAGCAAGCGAAAGCAGAGUGCGGGAAAUUUCAAGCCACCCUUGCGGUACAUGCACCCAGGAACCAAGGUGUUAUGAAAGUUCUUCGCAAACAGAUAACGGCUAUUACAGAAGAGGAUUACUGGAUCGGUCUCACCGAUAUAAAAGGAGAGGGGAAUUUCGUCUGGGAGGACGGCACACCAUUAAAGGACAGUGAGGCCAACUGGUAUAAAGGAGAACCAAACAAUAUUAGAGGCGAAGACUGUGUAGGCAGCAACUUUAGAGAUACUUCACAGUGGAACGACUACCCAUGCUCCCUCCGCAAAUUAUACGCACUCUGCGAACGUCAAGGCUAAAAAACGAGCGUAGAAACGUAGAUGGCCAUCAUACCAACGUAUAACUGACCAUUGGAUCGAAUCUGAACACCUCGAACUUUUAAACAUUUUAUAACGUUGUAUUUGGUUAACUCUAAUAAAAUAUUCAAGAAA